CAUUCCCUCGCCGCCGGCGCCACCUCGCCGUCGCGCCGCCAUGCUCCGGCUCCGGCGCAGCGUCCUCGCCAAGCUCCUCUCGUCUCCCUCCGUCUCCCCUCUCCACCGCCUCGUCUCCACCACGGUGUCGGCGCCCGCCGUUUCCCCGGAUCCUAGCAGCUUCGUCGUGGAGGAGUACCUCGUCUCCACCUGCGGCCUCACCCGACGGCAGACCGUCAAGGCCUCCCCCAGGAUCUCCCACCUCAAGUCCCCCGCCAACCCCGACGCCGUCCUCGCCUUCCUCGCCGGCCUCGGCUUCUCCGGCGCCGACAUCGCCGCGGUCGUCGCCAGGGACCCGCAGUUCCUCUGCGCCAGCGUGGAGAGGACGCUGUCCCCCGUCGUCGCGGGGCUCGCCGGCCUCGGCCUGUCGCCGUCUGAGAUCACCCGCCUCGUCUCGCUCGCCCCCGACAAAUUCCGGCGUAGAUCCAUGGUCUCCAAGCUGCAGUAUUACCUGCCUCUCUUCGGGUCCUACGAGAACCUCUUCGGGGCGCUCAGGCAUGGCUCCGGCCUUCUCACGUCCGACCUGGAGAGGGUGGUCAAGCCCAAUGUCACGUUCCUGCGGGAGCUCGGGCUAGCUCACUGCGUCAUUGCCAAGCUGUGCAUCACUUUCCCAUGGCUGCUAUCCUUCAGCUCGGAGCGCGUCCAGGCAGUGAUGGUGUGCGCCCAAGGUCUCGGCGUGCCCCGUCAAUCCAGGAUGUUCAGGUACGCGGUGCAUGCUGUCGCAUUCGUCGGUGAGCAGAAUGUUGCCGCCAAAUUGGAUUACCUGAAGAAGACGUUUGGGUGGUCGGAUUCUGAGGUCGGCGUUGCUGUGUCCAAGUUUCCAUUGUUGCUCACGAGGUCUCACCACAUGCUGCAGAGCAGGUCAGAGUUCCUCAUCUCCGAGGUGGGGUUCGAGCCGUCGUACAUUGCUCAUCGGCCCAUAAUUGUCUGUUUUAGCCUAGAGGGCCGGCUCAGGCCCCGGUACUACGUUUUAAAGUUUCUCAAAGAAAAUGGAUUGCUCAAGGCUGACCCGAGCUAUUAUUUGAGUUUCAUGGUGAAUGAGACUGCUUUCUCCAAGAGGUACAUAUGCCCUCACAAGGAGGCUGCACCAUACCUCGCUGAAGACUAUGCAACCGCUUGCAAAGGGGAAGUGCCGGCUAGAUUCAUAUUUGCAUGAACUGAGAACACAAUAUUGGAAUUUUGAUGCUUACAGUACUACAUAUUCCACUUUAUUAUGCAGUAAGCUUGUAAGCUUUGUUUCAGUGUUCUUGCCUAACUAAAUGUUGGCUGUCUGAUACAGUAUGCCUGCCACUGCUCGUUUGUUAGUUGUUAAUGCUUGAUGAAGCUAAUUAUUAGAGUUAUGACUCCUGGUAUCUCCAUUUCAUCGAUCAUUAGAGAAGAAAGCAUGGCAUGGUUAUGAACUUGUUCAUCCUUAUGUCAUAUCGACACACAUAUUGAAAGUAAGAUAGCGUGUGAUCAGUUCAUUCUGCAAUAUCAGUGAGUAUGUACUCUUCAUAUCUUUCCAUGAAGGAAGAUCCUCGGUUUGGCCACAUAGAGAAAGGAAUUCUAAUUUGAAAUGAAUUCACAAAAAUUCACUUCGAAGAAAAUUUUGAUGAUGCAGUUUUGAUUUAGUUUGUUGGUUCCUUGCUCUAGGUCUUGUAAGCUGAAAACCGACCGGUCUGAUUGCAGAAAACCAUUUUCCCCCCGGUUUAAUGACCCGGAUUUUUCACUGGUUUUCCAGAAAACCGACCGGUCUGACCGGUUUUCUCCGGUCUGAUUGCAGAACGGUCUUAUAUUAGCUUAAAAAACCGAUAAGGCUGCCGGUUGCGUUUUUUUCCGGUCCGGUUUUUUAAACUAGGCUGCAAACAUGUCAUUUUAUCAAUUAUACUGUGUUGCCAGUUUAGAAAGUGGCAAGGUGCACCGUUUCAUUUUUUUUUUUCAAACUCACUUUUUGUGGUGUUUUCUAUUUUGUCUCUCUGUUUCCUGAUGCUAACUCAAGUGUUGUUAUUUAGCUUACAAGGCUGGUGAUCGUCACCAUGGAGAAAUGAGGAACCAGACGUUGAAGAUAUUUUAAUUUGUUCAUAUGUAAAAAUGGAUCUUGGUAAGUAGUUCCGUUGUGUAUGAAGAUGUGCCAUGUGGUUAAUUUCAUCAAACUCUUGUUACCUCAACCAAGUUAUUUUAGAUAUGUUUAAUAACUGCAAUAUUCUACUUAA